GUCGAGAGGGCUGGGCGAUGGCGGCGCCCAUGGAGCUGUACUGCUGGGCCGGCGGCUGGGGCUUGCCCUCCGUGGACCCCGACUGCCUCACGGUGCUGACUUACGCCCGAUUCACGGGAGCUCCUCUGAAGGUUCACAAAAUCUCAAACCCGUGGCGAAGCCCCUCAGGGACCCUCCCAGCACUGCGGACCAAGGACGAGGGCGUCCUCUCGGAUACGCACCAGAUCAUUACCCAUCUCAGGAAACAGAAAUUCAACGCCGAUUAUGACCUCUCCGCUCGGCAGGGAGCGGACACGCUUGCCUUUGUGUCUCUGCUGCAGAAGAAGCUGCUGCCUGUCUUGAUCCACACGUUCUGGGUGGACGCCAGAAACUACGUGGAGCACACGCGGAAGUGGUACGCUGAGGCCAUCCCCUUCCCGCUGAACUUCUUCCUGCCGGGCCGCAUGCACAAGCGGCAGCUGGAACGGCUGCAGAUGGUCUGUGGGGAGAACUGCCUGGAGAACGAGGAGGUGCUGGAGAAGGAGCUGUACCGGGAAGCUUGCGAGUGCCUAACGCUCCUGUCCCAGCGCCUUGGCAGGCAGAAGUUCUUUUUCGGAGACUCGCCGGCCUCCUUGGAUGCGUUUGUCUUCAGCCACGUGGCCCCGCUCCUGAAAGCCAAACUGCCCAACGGGAAGCUCCAGCAGCACUUGAAGGCCUUGCCAAACCUCUGCAAUUACUGCACGGCCAUCUUGAGUCUCUACUUCCCCUGGGUUGAAGGUGAGGGCGGCUUCCGCUGUGACCCUCCGCCACCGGUUCAAAAGGCCACAGCCUGCGACGAGGCCGAGGAAGACCCCCACAAACGUCGAAACCAGAUCCUGUCCGUGCUGGUGGGGCUGGCGGCCAUGAUCGGCUACGCUUUCCUCAGUGGCAUUGUCUCCGUUCAGAGGCAGGCGCCCAGCCACUUACGGCCUCGCGCUAUCGCCCUGGAGGAGGAAGAGGAAGAGGAAGAGGAGUGACCCCCACGGGCCGA